AUGUUAUCUCUAUACGACACGGCCUACCCAAGCUUCCGGUCUGCCCCAGGCCGUGUUGUUGUCUUCUGCUGUAGUGAAAAACACAAACAAAUGCCAGAGUUAUCCUCAUCUAUCCCACCCCAGUUUUCAGAACACCAACACUCUAGCGACGAAGUCAACAACAACAUCACCCAGUUUUCAGAACACCAACACUCUAGCGACCAAGUCAACACCAACACUCUAGCGACCAAGUCAACACCAACAUCACCCAGUUUUCAGAACACCAACACUCUAGCAACCAAGUCAACACCAACAUCACCCAGUUUUCAGAACACCAACACUCUAGCGACCAAGUCAACAACAACACUCGACCAAGUCAACACCAACAUCACCCAGUUUUCAGAACACCAACACUCUAGUGACCAAGUCAACACCAACACUCUAGCGACCAAGUCAACACCAACAUCACCCAGUUUUCAGAACACCAACACUCUAGCGACCAAGUCAACACCAACAUCACCCAGUUUUCAGAACACCAACACUCUAGCGACCAAGUCAACACCAACAUCACCCAGUUUUCAGAACACCAACACUCUAGCGACCAAGUCAACACCAACACUCUAG